UCAGCCACUUCAAUGUUCAUUGAACACCAUGAGAGGAAUGUGGUGCGUUGCUCGCGUUCCUUGCUUUGCUCGGCAGAACUCCUUCACAGUCGGAAGUGAAGGAUCUUGGAGUUCGUAAGGCUCAUUCCUCCUGAAAGUGGAAUGGUUCCACCACCAGGCAAACAGUCGGAACCAGGCGGGAAAGCGUGCUACAGUCGUUCUCGAAACAACAAUAAGACCAGGCCAUGCCUCUUCUAUGAGGACACGCCAGAUUCCCUUGGAUCAGAUGUGAAGCAACAUGUGCGAUGCCCAUCCCGUUGAUCAGAUCGCCGAGAAUCUGUUCUUGGGGGACAAGAAGGCCGCCACGGAUUUGGAACUCAUUGGACGACUGAAAUUGACGCACAUUGUCACGGCUGAGCUGAUUCCAUUGCCACACUCCGUCUCAUCCACCUUUCCGCAUUUAGCUAUCCUCCACGUGGCUUUUCCGGAUGUGCCAGAGGCGGAUCUUUUGACGCAUUUGGAACAAACCACCCAUUUCAUUCGUGAAGGGGUGGAAUACGGGGCGGUUUUGGUCCAUUGCUAUCACGGAGUCUCGAGGAGUGCUGCCAUAGUAGCUGCCUUUCUUAUGCGAACCCGCCAUUGGACGUUGGACAAGGCUUUAGCUUUGAUUCGCCGAGCUCGACCCGCCAUUGGACCCAAUGACGGGUUUCUACGGCAAUUGGCGCUCUACAAACGGAUGCAAUGCCGUUUGGAUGUCCAUGACAAGGCCUACAAGUUGUACAAGCUCCAAUGUGUCUCUAACCAGGUGAAAACGACCAAGAUUCUACCUCAUGAAUUCUAUCAGCCCUCGGGUGUGGUUGAAACUGCCCAUGGGCCCUCCUCCACCACUGCCACUUCAGGUAGCCCCAUGACUUAUCACACCCGAUUCAAGUGCAAGAAGUGUCGACAGACUUUGGGAUCUCAAAUCAACGUAUUGCCGCACGAAAGAGGACAAACCUUGGAUUGGAACACCCUUGGCCUUCAAGAUGAGAGCGAGUUGCGAGAGUGUCAGCAAGGAGUCUUCUUUGAGCCUUUGAUGUGGAUGGGCAAGAUAUUUUCCACCACGCUCUCGGAAAAACUGCAUUGCAACAAGUGCCUUUACAAAUUGGGCUCUUAUUCCUGGGUGGGGACAGUUCAAUGUGCCUGUGGGGGUGGAACCACGCCCGGUUUCCUCCUCAACCUCAACCGAGUUGAUCGGUGCACCAUGUUGAAAGUGGUUGAAGCCGAUCUUUGAAUUGUGAUCGAAUCCUCCCCCUCCCUCGCUAUUUGGCAAUUCCAGCUCGUUAUGUUUUGGUUCACGAACCUUUCACACCCUCCCCUAUUGGAUGUAUUUGUGAUGGCCCUAAUAGUGAGUCAAGGUGUGGGGGCUUUGACCUUUAUAAUUGGAUAACUGGCUAAGGACUUGGUAAUCUAAUGAGUUGAGACCAAGAAUGAUGAAGGGAGCUUGUUGAAGAGACGUACGCAUAACAGCGCACCUUAUUUCCAUCAACAACACUAUAAUUGGCCCUCUAGUUGAAAAGCAAGGCGGGCUUUGCUCUUUCCCAUUGGAUUCACUCGACUCUCUUUCUUGAUUGGGUUCAUGGAAACUGAUCAUCAUUUGUCGUGUGCAGUGUGUAUGCCUCACUAAUGGACCUUUACGGAGACCGACCACGAUGCCAGAUGAUGAUGAUGAGCCCUUGGCAUCGAGAUUAUUUUGGUAAUCCUCAAACAUCCAAAGCCCGCGUAUUAUUAUUGGUAUAUCAUUAGGACCAAAAAAUGUCUAGCCCCCAGAGAAGAACAAGAUCCGGACCCAAUCUGGGAACAAUGAAUAAAAAGACCUUUAUUGUCAA